UGCAUAGAAUGCAACGAUGUAAAUGAUUAUUGUUUUGAUAAAAAGGAAAAAAUGCUGAAAAAAUAUUAAAUACAUACUGUGAAGAAACUGAUAUAUUGGUGUGGUUGGUAGAAGAAUAAAACACGCUUCCAAAAAGAGCCGUUUACUUGAAGAAUUUCUGAUUGCAUAGUUGUUGAGUACUACCAGAAGAAAUUGUUUCUUUAAGAAUGGGUUUUCAGAAAAAUGCUUCUAAGCUCACAUUUAUUGACAAUGUGCCUCCGUUUACGGCCGAAACAUCUGAAGAAAUUGACCUAUUGGGAAGUGAUGGGCAGUGAUAAUUGAAUGUCCCAUUUUAAUUUUAAGUCGUAAUUUAAAUUAAUUUGCAGUUAAUCUAUCCGUAAACAUGGCGUGGGGAAAUCACAAUAUCUCAUUUGACAGCAGCCAGCAGGGAUUAUCUGACUUUUGGGCUUACUACUAAACAUUCAACAUUGUGUUUGCAUAGGUGAAGAGGAGCUAGAAACUUGAAUACCAAUUGUUCUGUACUAUAAAAAAUCAGUCAUGCCAAAUACAGAAGGAGCAAUGGAGAGCACAACCAACAGCACUAAGACUAUGUAUGCCAGGAUCAUAAAUGGUUCCUGGUUUGAUCAAUUUCGCAAUGGCUCAAAUCCUUGGAUGGCUAGAUAUGCCUACGGCUUGAUGUUUCUCAUUACAAAUCUUCUUGCGUGGGCUGUUCGUGAUUAUGGACACAGUGCCUUAACAGAAAUGAAAGGACUAAAUGGAAGCAAAUGGAUCAAAGACUGCUUGGGUGCUGAAGGAGUUCUGAGAGUUAGCUUGGGAUGCUUUACAUUCUAUUUUGCAAUGUUUCUUUCAACAGCUGGCACUUCAAAGCUAGAUGAUCGUAGAGAAUGUUGGCACUCUGGAUGGUGGUCUGCCAAGAUUGUGAUGAAGGUUUCACUGAUCAUAUUAUCAUUUCUUGUUCCUCCGGAAUUCAUUUCACUAUAUGGGCAGCUUGCACAUUUUGGUGCCGGGGUAUUUUUAGUAAUUCAACUAAUAAGCAUCAUCAGUUUCAUUACCUGGUUGAACGAUUGUUGCCAGUCUGAGAAAUAUGCUGACAGAUGGUAUGUGCCUCACUCGAAGAAUUCAUUAACAAAUCUUUAACCACAGAGUACUUGUUUUGUCUUGAGAGUCUCACUAGUUGGAUUUUGGUUUGAGUACUUCAUACUCGUUUGUGUAAUACCUCACUAUGUACUUAUGAGGAGUUCGGGAUUUAGUAUAUGGUACUCCUUUGUUUUCUAGCCUGUGAUUACUUUUUUUCCCCCUCUACACGUGAACAUAAGCCAAGUUCCGAACC